CCAAUAGCGCAGGCUAAUUUUUUGUUUAUGUAUACAUCAUAGUACGAUUUUAGAUAAUGUAAUAAAGUCGUUUUAUUAUAUUUUAGCAGAAUCUCGUAGUAUAUUGACGAUAUUGUUUUCAUGUAUUAUUUUAAUCCAGUAGGUGGCGAAUUAUACGGCGCGUGCGAGCUUGCCUUGACCUACAGAAGAAGAGAAGAAGAGGUUGAAAAGGAAGUACCAUUACUUGUAUUUAACCACCGAAACAAAUUUAACCACAACGAAAUUUGUGCUUUUUCAUUUUAAUCUAAUUAUUCGAUCUUCACGCUUGUAGAAAUGGCCCUAAAGUUGUAUAGCGUGUGCGUUUAGAGGCAUGUUAUGUCGUGUGUUUGUCGCUAGGUGACUAGGAUACGAGAUAAACCCUAGAUACAUGGCCGAAUCUCAAAUAUCAUUAUACACCCUACUUAAGCGCACUACGUCAACGAAGAAGGAAGCGGCGUUUACGCACUACAUGGUGCACUGUGUGAAGAAACUGUUGCUAAUCGGGAUUCGGCCGCUGCUUCAGUAGAACGCUUUUAGAAUGGCCAAACCUGAAGCGAUUUCUGAAGAGUUUAAAGCAUACACUGUGAAAGAUGCUCCCCCGACUGUUUACUACAUUCCAGACUUUAUAACAGAGGCAGAAGAGGAGUAUCUUCUACAGCAGGUGCACAAAGCCCCCAAACCCAAAUGGACACAGUUGUCAGGAAGGAGACUGCAGAACUGGGGAGGGCUUCCUCAUCCAAAGGGGAUGAUUGCAGAGAAGCUCCCUGAGUGGUUGAUGAGCUACACAGAGAAGAUAUCAGGCCUCGGAGCAUUCGCUGGGAAAAGCGCCAAUCAUGUGCUGGUGAACGAGUACAAGCCAGAGGAGGGCAUCAUGCCUCAUGAGGACGGGCCUCUGUAUCACCCCACAGUAACAACCAUCACUCUGGGUUCUCACACGCUGCUUGACUUCUACAGACCCGUCGAUCAAACACAGAAUGAAGUUCCUCAGACGGAGGAGAGCCGUUACGUGCUGUCAUUGUUGCUGCGGCGUCGCAGCCUGCUGAUCCUGCAGGACGAGAUGUACAAGCGCUACCUUCAUGGGAUCAGCGGCAUCGCCGUGGAUACACUAUCGGAACGUGUGGUGAACCUGUCGUUGGCAGGAGGGCAGGUGGGUGAGACGCUUUCACGCGGAACCAGAGUCUCCCUCACCAUCCGUCACGUGCCCAAAGUCUGCCGCGCCAACCUGCUGCUCGCCAGGAAGUGACACGAUCACCACCGAGCCAAGCAAACCAGGAGGUGACACAGGUGAAUCAGCGGGCGACACAUGGCCAACUAGGAAGUGACACACCUAGAAAUAUCAAGCAGGAAAUGAUUAGCAUGAAGGCUUGCAAGGAGGAAGUGACAUGACAAGACUCAAAUUUCAGGAACUGCCCGAACGUUCAUCUACUUGCUACAGACUACAUUAAGCUGCUAAGUUCCAAAUAAACAGUUUUGAACAUGACAAUGAGAUUUCUGGUGCAGUUCAGCUUCUUCGCUCCAGAUCCAUUCACACACACACAAGUUUCAGACUGUCCAGAUUUCAGCUACCCGUCUUCUUACCGACAUCCGAAUCCUGACACCGUACUACACCUCUGCUCCAAAAUCAUCACUCCCCCCAUUCAGUUCAUUAUCCUCCUCACGUUUGUCAGCAAUUAAAGGUGUACUAUACAGGUUUCUCAGCCUGGAAUAGUCAUAAUUUCACAUUUCUUCCUAGAAAAAUUGGAUCGCAACAUUUCCAUGCAGUAGUUUUUAAGAAAAAUGUAUUUUAUUUCAGGCUUCUGUUGACAUUCUGUUAACAUUUUUCUGGCCUUGCAAUUAGCUCCGCCCCCAGCUGAAACAGCAUUGAUCACUUUUACACACUUUUUUUUAAUUCAGAAGAUGAUUCAGAACACUUAUGCACUUUCAAGUUGUCGUUGUUGCAAGACAGCAGAGGACAUUAGAUCAACAUUACAAAUUGCUCCUUUAAUAAUCUCGCUGUCUUUCCAGCUUCAUCCUUCUCCAAGAUCUUCCUCUUCUGCCCUGGAAAUAAAAUUGCACAAAAACACACUA